AUGUCUCCAUCGCAGUUACAUAAAUGGAGCCAUGACUUCUGUAUAUUGUCUACCGUUACAUUUCCACGCAAGAAGCUUUUGUUUGCUGGUACUCAGGAUUCUAGAAUUUUAUGCAUUGAUUUACGCACUUACAAUUUGAUUCAUACCAUCCGUCUAGGAGCUUUAGAUGGAACCAACACGAGAUCUAGCGUUUUGUGUUUGACAAAGUCCAAAAACGAAGAGUAUUUGUUUAGUGGUGGAGCUGAUUCAUUAGUACGAGCCUGGUCAGUCGGUGGGAACACUCAUGACUACAGUUUAGCCGUUAAAGAGAUGGUUACUAUUUACUCGUUAAUGGAUAUCGGUGAUAUCUUCUCAUUGGCAUAUAUUGAUGAACUAGACUUGGUUGUUUUUGGCUCGCAGAAUGCGUCCUUGUUGUAUGUUGCCAAUGUUUUCAAGCAAAACAACUUAAAGAAAGAUUACACCAUGUUGCCUCAUCUAAGAUUCGAUAAAUUUUUUGACUCAAAGGGACCUCAGCAACAAUCAACACAACCCCUUGCAGAUUCAUUUGAAACUUUACCCAGUACAAUAUCAUCCCUGUCACUACACGAUGAAGAAUCAGCGUGUCAGACCUUACAAGUUCCAUCUUCCAAUAUCCUACCAUUUGCGCACAAUGGAUUUGUAUAUUCCAUCGUCAAAUUAGAGUCCCACAGAGAUACUCUACCAAUAUACCUGGACUUGAAACCUGACGUUCAAUACAUUAUUUCUGGUGGUGGAGAUGGCGUUUCCAAGUUAUGGUCAUUGCAUGUAGAUCCAGCCGAUGAUCAAUCGGUCAAAAUCUGUUUGGUUACCGAAUUAGAUAAUGAUGAACCAGUUUUAACACAAUUCCUGGAAUUCCCUUUCCUCUACGUAGGACUCACGGACGGUUUAUUGAAAAUUUGGGAUUUGAACACCAAUCAAUCGGUAAGUACCUUACAGAGCGAUGAUCCAAGUGAUAUCACCUCACUGGCAGUUUGUCAAGAUCAGAUUUUCGCCUCUCAAAGAAAAGGCGUUACUAAAUUCUUCCAGGAUGACGUUUAUCAUUGGCAAGGGCAUCAAGGAAGUAUUUUAAGCUCUGAGAUAAUUUGCAAAAGUUGUACCAAAAAUCCGUAUACAAGGCUCGUCACAGGUGGUAAUGACGGUUCCUUGAUCCUUUGGAAUAUCACAGACUUAAUCAAUAAUGGCCAAGAGGAUAUAGAUCCGAUAUUCCAUAGUCAUGAAGCUACUGCCAAGGACCGUCAUAAUUCUUGGACUGCUACGAAUUUGGAUAAUGACCAUAUGCUUCAUAAUUUGAGCACUCUUAUUCAUUUUCAAACUGUUUCUAGAAAAGCUGAUACAAGACACUUACUUGAAGGUCGUCGUUGUGCAACUCACCUCCAGCAGCUAUUUUAUAAACUAGGAGCAAGAAAUUGUGAUUUAAUUCCUGUUCACAAUGAAGGAAAUCCCAUCGUAUAUUCUGCAUUCUCUGGUAACUCCAGAAAUGUAGAGAAAAGGAAGAAAAUAGUAUGGUACGGACAUUAUGAUGUGGUAGCAGCAGAUAUGGAUUAUUGGAACACAGAUCCUUUCAAACUCACUUGUGAAAACGGCUUUUUGAAGGGAAGAGGUGUAUCUGAUAACAAGGGUCCAUUAUUAGCUGCUAUGUACUCGGUGGCAGAACUUGUGCAAAAUGGUGAACUAGAUCAUGACAUCACCUUUAUCAUCGAAGGACAAGAGGAGAAUGGUUCAGCAGGCUUCAAAGAAGCACUUGCAGACAAUAGAUAUAGAUUCGGAGAAAAGAUUGAUUGGGUCAUUUUAAGUAAUUCUUAUUGGUUAGAUGACAACAUUCCCUGUUUGAAUUAUGGGCUAAGAGGUAUGGUCAAUUUAACAGUCAGUGUGACUAGUGACGAACCAAAUAGACAUUCUGGGUUUGAUGGUGGUGUUCAUCGUGAACCUACAGCCGAUUUAAUCAGCAUCAUUUCUAAAUUACAAGAUGAUGGUGGGAAAAUUUUGAUUCCACAUUAUGACGACAACAUAAAGCCUCUGUCUGAGAAAGAACUGGCACAAUUGAUCGAAAUUGUGGAAAGAGCUCAGCUACACGAAUCUGUCACAGUCGAUAGUUUAAUCGCCAAAUGGACCAAACCAUCACUAUCAGUUACCACCAUGAAGGUGAGUGGACCAUGUGAACCGACAGUCAUUCCACAAUCUGCCUCUGUUGACAUAUCAAUUCGAUUGGUUCCUGGUCAAGAUCUCAAUGUCAUCAAACAGUCAUUGAAUGACUACUUGCAUUCAUGCUUUUCAAGAUUGAAGACCAAAAAUCAUCUCUCUAUCAAGGUAUUAAAUGAAGCAGAACCUUGGUUAGGAAAUCCUUCGAAUAGUGCCUAUCAAAUUAUAAGAGAGGAAAUAGGCAAAGAAUGGAACACAGAACCUUUAAUGGUGAGAGAAGGAGGUUCCAUUCCAAGUAUUAGAUACCUUGAGAAGACUUUGGGCGCCCCUGUCGUACAAAUACCUUGUGGCCAAUCAAAUGAUAAAGCACAUCUACCAAAUGAACAGUUAAGAAUGAAAAACUGGUAUAAGAUGAGAGAGAUUCUUACCAGAGUAUUCAAUAGGCUCUGA